GCGUACCGGCUAAGACUGGUCCCCUGCGAACUUAAAAAAAGCCAUUUUGAAUGGGAACCAAUAUUGGACAGGGAACCAGAUUAACCGGCUAAGAGCUCUUCACAAAGAAGAAAGCCGGUGUUUUCGAAAACCCUGUCUUACCUCAGAAAUUGUUUUGACAUGACAAGUGCAAGCAUUUUUAGGAGCUUUCCUCCACCACCUGGAAAAGGGCAGAUAACUGUGUUUGAACAGAUUGGUGAAUUAAACCAUGUACCACAAGAGCAAGCUAAAUUGAAGCUUCAGGGAUACCCUGAUGUAUCUGUAAACAAGGAUAGCACACGAAAUCUGACACAGAGAGAGAAUGCAAAAUCUGCUUUCCUGCUACAUGAUGAGACCAUGUCCAAGAGAGUCUACCACGCAUGGCAGGAUAUGGGCAUUUCAGGAGCACUCGAGGAAAUUGUCAAUGAUUCUGACCAAGUACCAAACUGGAUUUCAUCUGUUGCCCAGAAGUUACUUGUUCUCUCGAGAUGGACUGGUUCACUACAUGGAUCAUUUUUCCCACAUUUAGCUUUAUCGAAUGAAGACAUUGUUUCAAGGUAUUCAAGGGUGGUCCAUUGGACCACAAGUCCAAUCAAAGCAUUUUCAUGGCAUCCACAUACCUUAAAGUUUUCUUACGCUCUGCAAGAUGACACAGUUCGAGUGCAUGCAAACUUUACUGAGCUUGCUUCCAGCCUGAAACACACGGAACUGGUUCCAAUCUUGAAACAUAAACUGCAAAAGAAUAUUGCCUGUCUGGAUUGGCAACCUAAUUCCUCUUCAGUGUUAGCAGUUGGAUGCCAGUCAUGUAUUCUUAUAUGGCAUGUAGAGCCAACUUCACUUGCUACAAGACCCUCAUCAAGUUCAGUGCAAGUGUUACAAGAGAGUGGCCACAGUCCAGUAACUAGUCUUUCAUGGAGUCCAGAUGGACGCAUAUUGAUGUCAGCAUCUCCGGUUGAUACAGCCAUGAUGGCUUGGGAUGUUGCCUUGGAGACAUGUACACCACUGCGUAGAUUUGGGGGCGGAGGUGUGUCACUAGUGUCAUGGUCUCCAGAUGGCAGUAAACUGUUUUCAGCAACUCCGUCUAAUGUUUUCAGAGUGUGGGAAACACGAACAUGGAACUGUGAGAAAUGGUCAACAUCAACUGGACCUUGCAAGACAGCUUGUUGGAGUCCUAAAGGAAAUAUUCUGCUAUUUGCAACAGAAAACCACCCUGUAAUAUAUUCUCUAACAUUCUCUGAAGUGUCAGAUGAAAAGAAACCUGUGAUCUUUGGAUCCCAAACAGCAAUGGCCACUGUUGACCUGUCAGAAACAGAUUUACAAAUUGGAGAUUCUUCAUCUGUUAACUCUAGUUCUUGUAGGGUUGGCGGACUUAUUCAACACAUGUCUUGGGAUUCACAUGGAGAACGUCUGGCUGUUGUCUUUCAAGGCAACUGUGAUUAUAUAGCUGUGUUCAGAACAAAGUUAUACCCUUUGUUGGAAGUAACUCCUUGUGGUGUGGUGAAGGGUUUAGAUGGAGAGACGGCAGAGUUUGUACAGUUUCAACCAAACUAUAGUAAAGGGGCCUUACUCAUUGUUGUUUGGUCAAGUGGAAGAGUAGGAUAUCUUCCAAUGCAUUUCAUAUCAUCAUCAACAUCAGUGUCAUCAUUAGAGGACGAGAUAAAGUUUCAGCAACAUCAACAUACUUUCUCCAGUGGUAUAUACUCUACAACAUAACAUAUAGAGUGAACUCAACCUUUACAUUUUGUGUAAAGUGAUGAAACUGCUUACAGUAAGAACUCUGUUCAAAGUUUUGACCAAGUUGGUCAUCAUGCCUUAAUUGAAUAGAAAUAUAAAACAAUUUAAAAAGCUGGCAAUCUCUACAUACUUUAUAUCAAAAACGAUAAGUGAACAUUGAAUGAGUUUAUGAUCAUAUAUUUUUAGGGAGAAGGGCACUUAAUUGACCCUUGUCCAUCCGGAUUUCAACUGUGUUUUGCAAUCUGAGAUAUAUUUGAGUUGUCAAACCUCACAAGAUUGUUAUUCAGCAUGUGAAGUUGGGCACCUGGUGUUUUAAUUGUGAUUUCACCAAGCAAGACCACAGUUAUGACCCUUGACAGUCAGAAAUAUGCAUAUAGUAACAGGAGUUGGGGCACCAGUGUCCUAUGUACACAUAUUUUUAUUAUCAGGGGUGUAAAAUUCUUUUUCACACCACUUGCUCUGCAGGACUAGUAGCUAUUAAAAUCUGCUUGUCCUCAGUGAACAGUCACUCGCUCUAAUAAUUGACAUUUUUAAUACUGUCACGUUUUAUGGAAGAAGGAUUAUGUACAACAAGCAAAUUUGAAAUAUAACACAUAGCUUGUA